CACGCGCGUCGCGCCUGCGUGACGUCACGACUAGUUCGCUCCCCAAAUUCCGAGUGGAGUACCGCGUACUACUCGACUACAAAAACAUUUGUAGUAAAGCCGAGAGGUGAUUAACUCGCGCUAUCAUUCGCCAUUCGAGCGCCAGCUAGCGCACACGCGACGUGUUGUGAUAAGUGAGUGAGGAAGUGUACGAAUGCGGUAGCGAUCCGGAGACAUGGAGAGUGCGGUUCACGCGGCGGUGCCACUGCGGGUCGGCAAGAAGAUGCGCAAGAGGCGGGAGCUGGACGCUCUGGUCGGGGGCGGCGGGGCUAGGAGUGGCAGGCUCCUGUCGGCUUCGAGUGAUGAGGGGGAACCCUGGGGCCGAAGGACCUCCCGCCGCCGCCGAUCCCGUCCCUUCGUCCGCCUCGCCGCCGCCCUAGCCCUAUGCGUAUGCGUUGUUUCUGCCGCUACGGUGCUGUGGCUCUUCGUUGAUGUUCGAAGGCAAAUCGUCUCUCUUCGCAUUGAAAUGGAUAGAGUAUCAACAACCAGCGGCGCCGUCGGCGAUGCGCUCCAAGUAUGCCACACAGCGUCCAGAGAGCUUCGAGGAAAUGCGAGCAUACUCAGCGCGCGACUGGAUAAGUUGACUAUAGAACAUGCAGAACUCGUGAAGCGAGUUGAGCAGACGGCCAGCGAGCUCGCGGCGGUGUCGGGUCAGCUGGCCGCCGCGCCCAAACUCGCCGAUACACCGCGCAGGAUCGCCGAGCUGCAGCAGACCGUCGGCUCGUUCGGAUCACAGAUCACGGGUUUCGACGAAACGCUAGCCUCGACGCGAAAGCAAGCGUUAGCUGCUUCCGCGGGCGUAGAAGAGGUCAAGAAGCUAGUCCAAGCGCUGGACGCGCGGAGCAACGAAACCAUAGCCAACGUCACCGCCAACGGAAGGAGGGAGGAUGAGAUCAAGCAGGACAUAGCCACGCUCAAUUCCACGCUGGCGGGACGCGUGGAUGCCUUAGAGAAUAAGAUACAACUGUACACUAAAACGACGAGCACGGCGGCACCGACCACCACCAGUACGUCGACAACCACCACUACCACCACAGCUGCCCCGCCAGGUCCCGUCAAACCAAAUGUCCUAGGCGUCGGCCAAUGAGGGAACAAAUCACUCCUGUACUCAAAACUAGAGUAAAGUAUUACACGAAGCUUGAAGAGAUUGCUCAUAAUGAUCUCAAGAGAUCUUACGUCCACACAAAUAUACUGUAGGCGUUCCGAGACGUGGUAAUGGAAACCCUCCUGUAAGUAAGAGGUCUCUAGCUGUCAAUAUUUUUAUGACAAAGAGAUUUAUAGAUAGAAAGGGCGGCUAGCCAUAUGGCUAUUUUGGUUAGGGAGCCGAUAGUAUAUAACCUCCAGAUAUGCUGCUUACCGGACUAAUCUGAUGUUUCAAAACACUCGCGUAGUGUGUACAGAUGCUAACAGAUAAAUCGGAGCGGCCAACAUGCACACAAUCUAAACACGCCUCUGCAUAGGGAUUAUGACACAUGUUGCAUUUUAUAACAAAAUGUAGUAAUAUACAUAGCAAGUAAGCAAUUUAUCACUAUAAUGUGGAUAUUAAAAUAAUAUAUGGAAAUAAUACAAAAAUACAGGACCUGAAAGUUAGUUUUUUUUAAACUUCCAAAAAGGUAAAAGUUGUAUAGCAAUUAUAUACAUAAACGCAAUAUUUCACCGACAAAAACGCAAUUUUCUUGUUUUGUCUAUACUUCAAGAUGGGCUCUCAGUGACCUUGACGUCACGUUCGCUUAUCGUUUUGUUAGAAGCGUUUCGCGAGUGAGGUACGACUGUCGGACUUUGGCUAUCAUUUCUGACUUUUGUAUUGUUCUAAUGCAAUUGGUCCCAUAUAGACAUUUGAUGCUAAAAACACACCUGAUUGAUUAGUACCAUUCAUAAAAAUUUGUCAUCUAGCCUAUUGUCAAGCUGGUAAGAGUGCAUGUUCAUAUAUUAUUGUGCUCCUUGGCCGCUCCAGUAUAAUAUAUCUGAUAGCGAUUGUACAUAGCUACGGAUUAGCGAAUGUUACGUAGCUUGAGGUGAUGCGGUUGUACGUUUGCAUUAUUAGGUACAGUGAUAUUUUUACUAGCCAUCGGUGGACUUUAUCUCGUUGUAAUAAGGUUUGCGGAUGGUGACUUACUUCUGUCGAAGAUUGUACGAUAGAAACGAACGCGACAUACGAAGUGUCUGCGAUUAGGCGCCAAAUGAUUAUAUAGUCUUAAAUGUCUCGUGUGGAUUUCUUAUUUUAUAUAGGUAAUACCGUUGUGUAGAUAAAGGAAUAGGUGACCAACAAAACUCACUAAUGACUACCACAAGGUAAUAGCCAUAGUGAACCAUAUUAAAACCGGAAUAAGGUUGAUUUUUGUUAAAUUAUUUUUUGUAAUAAUUGAGUUUUGGUUGUCACUUGUCACCUGGCGGCAUAUAAAGGGGUAAAAAUAUAAUAGCCGCAGUUGGCAACUGAUAUAUAUAUGUACCACUUUGCAGGAACUAUAUUCCUUUGUGUACGGUAAUACGGAUGUAAUUAUUUUAUGUUUCUCGCUUUUACCUUAAAGUAGUGUCAAUGUUUCUUUGUAGCACCUAAAAUAAAUGUCGCAGGCACUUGGUGUGUUGUCGCCUUGUAUUAAUUACGAAGUAAAUAUAUCAAGAGUUUACUCUUGGUACGUCUACUUUAGGUUCAUUCUGUGAGUAUGGUAUUAAAUUUACUUUAGUGUUUCAUUACUUUUAGGAAAUUAUUUACAUUAUGACAGUACAGUACAGAUGAAUUCACGAAAACUGUGUAAUGUGGGUAUCAUGACUGACUCGUAUAAAAUGCAUGUUUUGUUUUUAAAACAAAGAAAGAAAAAGUGCGAAACAAUCGGUCACAGGUACCAUAUGUACUUUUAGAAAUUAAUAAUAUCAAUAAAAAUCGUCACAAAAGUCUGAGGCUUACGCUCAGGUAGCUGAUAUGACCGAGUAUUGUUCUCAAAAUGAUAAAUAAUUUAAUAACCAAAUAGAGUUUUCGUGAAUUUAUUGACAUGCGGAACAUAGUUGCUCCAUAGCGGCCAUUUAGAUGGCUUAAAGCUUCUACUGAGAUUUAAGUUUUUAUUUAUUUGUUAUAUUCAGUCACUAAAUUAAUUCCCUCCUUGUACGGUAUAAGUUGCAAUAAUGGCGAAGAGUGAGAACGAUACCAAUGUAAAUAGUUUACAAUAAUUAAGAAUUAAUUUAAUUAUAACUUUAUAUGAGCACAGGAUUAAAGAAACGAAACCAGAGUAACAACUUAAUAUAACCGUGU